AAAGCGACCAAGUGAGAAGUACGCGUUUCGGAUUUUCUCUUCACGGUGUCACUCGCACUUAAGUACAUACGUAAGUGGAUUGUCAGAAGUAAUGAAUUGACAUUCUAAGUAUAUGGAUACUUUAGGUUAAAAUUAUUUUGAAGGAUCAUUCAAAAUGACCUUUCAGAAAUCGUCAGUAACCUUAAUAAGCUAUUAUAUAGUCCUCCUAGUAUUGUGACAACAUAUGCUAAUCCUAAAAUGAUAUUUUGUUCACCUUAACAAAUUGGUUUCUUAAAGAGGAAAACGGAAUGGAUUAAGUUUGGUGCUAAAAUACUUGGUUUUCGCAAAUGCUAAUUAUUGACUAUCUUUGGAAUUGACAUCUGAAUUAUGUCUUGAAAAAUACUACUCAAAUCUAUGAACUAAUCUUCAUAAUUAUAUCUUUUGUCCAUAGCUACCUGCCAGAAUCUCUGCGCUAAAGUAAACUGGGAUAGGGUUCUGGAAAUCUUAUAAGGGUUAUUGAAAGCUACUAAUUGGAUUUAUCCAUGGAGAUUUGGCAGUUCCUGCAGUGCAUAAGUUAGUGUAGUCUUCUGUAUAGAGGCAUAUAAUAGUUGUCAUUAUCACAAGCUAAUGUAGAUCAUAAUGGCCAAAUCGCAGUAUGCAAAUUUCUUGAAAACAUGUGCUGGUAGCAAGUCUUUCAAAAAGCGAAUAAUUUUCGUUUUAACAUUUAUGUUGGUCAUCUUUGUUGCCAGAAGCAAAACAAAUUUCCUUCAUUUCCGUUCGAAUCAAUACUUUACUGGUUCUUGUGAUAUUGGUUAACUAUAUUUAGUUGCAAAAAUAAACCAUACAUUUUUCACUGUUUUCGUGGAAACUGUAUGAUAACUGGGCUUUGAACAUAGUAAGUAUUUUAAUCUGGCUUUAUUGAAGUUAAUCUGGUUAUUCUUUGACAUUAUGACAAGUGAUUAUUUAAGAUGACAUUUCAUCUUUGAAAUUUACGUUAAAUGCACAACUUAAGUAGUUACCUUAUUCCAGAUGCUCCGCCCACGUGCUCUUACUUCUGCCUUAAGAAAGAUGAAUACUGGCGGAAUACAAUCAGUUAUGUUAUUUAAUCCUGAAGGUGUUCUUCUUGCCUACACGAGCCUUGCUGGUGAUAGUGAGCGAUCUAAAGCCGCAAUCGCAGCUAAUGUUUGGAAUAUAUAUCAGCGCCAACUAGAGUCCAGUGAAUCGGAUACUGUCCAGGAAAUAAUCUUGAAAUUGUCUGAAGGCAGACUAAUAAUUACACGUGUAGCUUCAGUUCUUCUUUGCCUCCAUGCCUCCAAAGAUGUGGGUUUGGGAAUGUUACGUGCUAAGAUGAAUGCUCUAGUACAAAAUUUACAAGAGCCAUUGAGUAUUAUUGCAGCUUCCUAAAAUCUUUCAAUUAGUUUGCACAUUAUUAUGUUCUUUUCAGACUUUUGUAAAUAUACACCUAUUUUCACUAGAUGUUAAUGUUUUUCUUUGUUUUUCUGUCUUAUGGUUUAAUUUUGUGAUGCUGUUUUCUAUACUAUUUGUUCAUCCUAGAUCCCUUUGUUGAUAGUCUACAUUUUAAUUAGAUAUGUUAUAAGGUUGAAUUAAUAUGCUAUAUAAAAAUGUCUAAUCGACUACCUAUAUGUUAAUGUGAUAAACUAUAUAAGAAACAUGUUUUUGAGUUUAGUUGUGCUAACUUCUUCCUUAAAAUUGGGCAUUUAGAGCCGGGGUACACUUUUCUGACUCAGUAAUUGUACUUUAAAUACGAAAACCAAUGAACUUCAGUUCCAAAUGGGACCUAAUAGGUUUUCAGAAACCUGAAUCGAUUAAUAAUAAGGGCGUAUUAAAUUUUAUUUAGUUUUUAGUAGCUUGAAUUGCCCUGUUGUUAAUAUUUAAGCUGAAGUGUGAUCAGUUGUUGGUAUAUGUUCUUCUUGACGAGUCGCAAGUAUAACGAAACGCGUGUUCUAGAUUUCACUGCUAACCAUUUUCCAUUGACUCUAUAUACAUAUAUUUCCCUAUCGGUCAUUCCUCAACUAAUUAUAUAACCAUCUUCAUUUCCAAAAUCCUUCUACAAUAUUUGAAGUCGACCUAAGAUUAUCAUUAAUACUAACCCAUACCUGACUAUUAUCUAGUUUGUCGCUGUCUGUAACUUCGUCAUGAGUUUUCCAGUCAGACUCGUAACUAAAUAUCAAGAUGUACAAUUCUAAAAAUUAGCUUAUUUUAUGUGAACGUAACUUAGCCCUCGUUCUUAAAAAAGUAAUCGCUAUUGUGAACAUAUAUUCUAACAAACCGUCCAAUACUUCAGAAACAUUUUAGCAGAUGAAUCAAAACUCAUAUCUGUAACUGCAUAGCCGUAAUCUUAGUCUUACACACUAUUGAGUAAAAAUUUUACACAUUUUUUUUAUAAAUGUCAUUUGUCCAUUACUCACCGUGCCAAAUAUGUCUUAUAGUGAUAAUGAAUUUGUACAUACUCAUUACAAUUACAAUACACCCUAGUUUUACUUGAGUUUAAUUGUUUACUUAUUAAUAUGUUACAUAUUUUUACUAGAUUUCUCUCAUAAAGUUUAUCUGUUCUUAAUCGAU